AUGGCAGCUGAGGGGGCAGCAGGUCUUGAUUUAGUGCUGGCGGGCUGGGUGUGUUGCUGGGUGUUGCUGGAUGUGUUGCGCUCAGGCCGAGUGGAUGCAGUGCAGCUCGGUAAUGGUGGCACAGCUGCAAAAGACAGUGGGAAGGCCAAGGCUAAAGCAGUAUCUCCUUCACAAAGAGCUGGAUUCCGGUGUCCAGUGGGCCGUAUCCACCGACACUUGAAGACUCGUAUCACAAGCCACGGAAGGGUUGGUGCCACAGCAGCCACGUUUAGUGCUGCAAUUCUGAAAUGCUUCACUGCUCAGGUGUUGAAACCCGCAGCUAUCAGAUGCAUAACAGAUGACUGA